UUGAACUCCCAAUAAUCGAGUCCCAGUGAAAGCCCCAUCCUUACAUCAGCAGCUGGGCUCCUCUCCACUCCCCCAUCUCUCUACAAGCCGAGCCUACUCCCUCCUCACCAGUCUAACCAAUGAGUUUCGGCGGAGGAAGAAAAAAAAAUCAGGCAGUGUGUUAUGGGAGAGGAUUAAAACAAGUGUGUUUAAGUAAAGAACAACGAAAGGGAUCUGAUCUUGGCUCCUCAAAGCACAGCCCUGCCACCUUCAUGUCCUGUCUCCCGUCAUUACCGAGUCAAAAGAGCCUGUCUCCUGUGAGCGUGCCACGUCUUUACUGAGAUCCCACGAAACCCACCACUUCAUUUUCCCAUCCCUCGGAGCUACCACAUCGCACUGCUUCACUCGCCCUGAGCCAGGAUGAAUGAUGUUCAGGAGGCCACCUCCCCUGCGACCAGCCUCAGCGGUCCGGCUACCUGCGUCUCCAAAGUAGAGCUGCGCGUGUCUUGCAAAGCCCUGCUGGACCGAGACACGCUGAACAAGUCAGACCCAUGUGUCAUACUCAUGGUGCAGAACAACGGACAGUGGACAGAGCUGGACAGGACGGAAGUGAUCAAGAGCAACUUGCACCCGGUCUUUGCCAAGGUUUUCACAUGGGACUACUACUUUGAGGAGGUUCAGAAGCUGCGAUUUGAAGUGUACGACAUCCAUGGAACUCACAGCAUCGGGACCCGCGAUGAUGACUUCCUGGGUGGGGUGGAGUGCACUCUUGGCCAGAUCGUGGCCCAAAAGAAGAUGGUGAAGCCUUUGUUGCUGAAGUAUGGGAAAUAUGCCGGAAAAUCCACCAUCACGGUGCAUGCCGAGGAAAUUUCUGGCAACAACGGGUAUGUGGAGCUCUCCUUCUGUGCCAAGAAGCUCGAUGAUAAGGAUCUCUUCAGCAAGUCAGACCCAUUUUUGGAAAUAUACAGAAUCAAUGACGAUGACACCGAGCAGCUUGUCCACAGAACAGAGGUGAUCAAAAACAACCUGAACCCUGUGUGGGAGCCUUUCAAAGUGUCUCUCGUAUCUCUGUGCAACUGUGAUGAGGAGCGGAAGCUCAAGUGCCUAGUGUGGGAUUAUGACUCCAGAGGGAAACACGACUUCAUCGGCGAGUUCUACGCCACUUUCAGGGAAAUGCAGAAAAUUUCCAGUGGAAAUAAGGUGACGUGGGACUGUGUAAAUCCCAAGUACAAACAGAAGAAGAGAAACUAUAAAAAUUCAGGAGUUGUCAUCCUCAGUGACCUAAAGCUCCACAGAGUGUACUCCUUCUUAGAUUACAUCAUGGGAGGAUGCCAGAUUCACUUUACGGUUGCCAUCGACUUCACAGCCUCCAAUGGAGACCCCAGGAACAGCUGCUCUUUGCACUACAUCAACCCUUACCAGCCCAACGAGUACCUGAAGGCUCUGAUAGCAGUGGGGGAGAUCUGUCAAGACUAUGAUAGUGACAAAAGAUUUUCAGCUUUGGGGUUUGGUGCCAGAAUUCCUCCAAAUUAUGAGGUGUCUCAUGACUUUGCCAUUAAUUUCAACCCAGAUGAUGAUGAAUGUGAAGAGAUCCAAGGAGUGGUUGAGGCAUACCAGAACUGCCUUCCUAAGAUCCAACUGUACGGCCCAACCAAUGUUUCUCCCAUCAUUAACAGGAUAGCCAAGCUGGCAGCAGGCGACGGUAACAUUAAAGAUGCUUCUCGAUACCACAUCCUGCUCAUCCUCACGGAUGGUGUAGUGACAGACAUGGCAGACACGCGUGAGGCUAUUGUGCGAGCCUCCUACCAGCCUCUCUCCAUAAUCAUUGUCGGUGUGGGCAAUGCAGACUUCACAGACAUGCAGAUUUUGGAUGGAGAUGAUGGAGUCCUACGCUCACCAAAGGGCGAGCCUGUCCUCAGGGACAUUGUGCAGUUUGUGCCCUUCAGAGACUUCAAAACGGCUUCACCUGCAGCCCUGGCCAAAUGUGUUCUGGCGGAGGUGCCCAAGCAAGUAGUGGAGUACUACAGCCAUAAGGCCAUCUCCCCUAUGUGUCCUAUGAGGGACUUAGUGACGCCCAUCCUCAGCCCAGUCGCCACGACCCCAACAGAAUAACCACCCACCCUGCUCUUGGGACCAAGCUUUGCCCACAGCACCAGUCUGGCAAACUGAGAAGGAGAAAGGACGCAUGCCUCGCGUUUUUUUGGACAAGGACUGAAGAGAAAAUCUUUCUAAAUGUGUUGUUACUCAUUUAUUUCAUUCUCCGCACCUAUCAAAGUGUUUACACAAGGACGGUACAACAGAGGCUGUGGGUUACAUUUCUCUGCUCAGUGCGGAUCCAGCUCUUCUCCCUGGCUGUGCGAACCACGACCAUCCAGCUGUUUCCGCAUCAUGACUCCUGGAGGAUUGUGUUGUUUUCUCCCCCCCUAAUUCUUAUGCAUGCAGGCCGAUCCCUCAGUGCUGAUCCAUUGCCGGAUGCAGGCUUAUUAUUCCUCACUGCCCACAAAAUUCAGCACCUCCACUCUGUCUAUUAUGUUACUGUUUUUCUUAUGUCAUAUCUUCAGCUAAUUUUGAAGAUGUACUGUACAGUACUGUACGUUGCAAUCAAAAUUAGAUUGCUCAACUUGAAAACACUGACAACAUUUAAUUAAGAUGUUAUACACGCAUCACAGGAAGUGACAUGCUUGUAUUAUUAAGUCGACCUUCCCUCAUGUACCUAGUCUGGCUGCAGGAUUGGCCGUAUUUUGGAUUACAAUAUGACAAUAUUUUCAGAUACACACAGAUCACAGUUUUAAAUCAACCUACCAUGAAUUCAUGUUGGGUGAAACACGUGGUAAAUCAUGCAUGAGUUUUAAUCUAUUGCUUAAAUUGAAAGCUCUGUUCCAAAGGGAGACAGUAAUUUUUAACAAACCAAAAACGCAGCCCAGUCGCCAGAACAAAAUGUUGGCAUUGUACAUUUCUCCGAACCAUGCAUACAUUACAUUUGUACAUUUUAUACGUAUCAUAUCAACAUAUCUAAAGUGACCUAUCUCUGAUUACAUGUAUACAAACUGACUUUGUCCUUGGAAGAAGGAAGGUAUGGUGGAUGGUGUAACACCAGGGUGAGACAGCUUCCAAGCUGGAGACUACUGUCGUCCACCAACGAAAUAAUACUGGUUGCUUUUAGCGAGACAUUGCUGCAUUUCCAGCAGCAAUUGUGGUGACCAAACUGGGUAUUUUAAGCCAAAACACAAUCUUUUCCAAACUAUAAACAAACAUUUUUUGUGCCUAAACAUAUCCAACAUAUCCUCAUACAACAGUUCAUAUAUUAUCCUGUGAAUUAGUGCCCCAAGAAUGAUGUUACAUUCUUAAUUUAGGUUUAGGAAAAGAAACCUGGUGAAACUCUACCUUAAAAUGACUCAAAGUUAACACGGUUUUGAACACUGGUCUCCUGGGGAAUGUCCUGUGUUUUGUGACUCAUCCACCACUCCAACCUGCCCCCUAAUUGGACCGCACAGGACCAGUUAUUUUUUUCACUACUGUCAGCACAUUGGCCAUGUGAUUGCAGCCUUCUAAAACACAUGGGUUAUGCAUAAUCACUGGCUCAUCAUUAUGUAGGAUAUGUAUAAAUGUCGGUGCAUUCGCUUUCAUAGGAAAAUAUAAAACAAGUGUAUAAGAACAGCCUGACGUAACCACACGUUCACCACAGCGUUAAGACAUGAAAAAACGUAAAGUUUCAACAUAUCAGCUACAUAAUAACUGACAAUAUUGUUACAUGUGUGGUUUGCAGAAAUGCACAAUGCCAACAAUUAUUCUAAUGACUGGGUUAAAAAAAUGUCCUGUCUGCUACAACAUGAACCAUAAAUGGCACCACCCAUAUCUUGCAAAUACAAAAGCAAGCCAUGUUUAGCAGUGAGCACGGGCAGGUUGCCAAGUUUGUGUAUUCUGUGUAAAAUAAUUAGGUAAUCCCCAGGUAAUUAGGCCUUCUUAAAAACCAGGUGAGAAAACAGCAGGAGAUUUUUUUUUUUAAUUCUGAUGUGUCACUCAUUCAGACCUGUUCACCAAAUGACAUAACUUGAGCAGUGUGAGAUAUCUGAGCUCUUUGUUCACUUUUUUCAGUUACAAGAGGGCGCUUAAAAAAAAAAAAAAACACAGUCAGGUCAUCAGCUAUCAAGUGGAAGUAGGAUAUGUCUAUGGGUUUCUGUGCAGAAACAAAAGUUGCAAAGAGUUGCCCUUUUCUGAGGUUAUCUGCGAACAAAGCCUGAAUAAUAUGCUUCUCCGAAAAGAAGAUGAACAAUCGCACCCUAUUUUUGCUCUUUUGUCAGGUGGCUUUGGUUUAAGCUGUGAAAGUCAUGCCUCACGUCAGGUGAAUAUGUUUCCUUCUGAAGAGUUUGUUAUUGUUGUCAUCAUCCCUGAGUCAGCCGUCAUGCAGGUAGCAUUCAUAUUUUCCGCUGUGUGUUUCAUUAUUUUUUUCCUUUCUGCUGCUUUUUAUAUGCAAUAUAAUUCUACUCAGUGUUUCGUAAGGAAUUAAACUGGUGAGCGCAGGGUUUAGAUCCAGUGAAAGCACAAAGCUGAUCACACUGAGUGCUGUAAAACACACGGUAAUGUUCUUAAAACCAGCUCUGGAAUGUGUUUCAUCAAAUAUAUUUACAUCAGAUUAUUAAAAGUCUGAAAAAUGUAUCAUUAUUACCAAAUCAUCUCAGUGAUCAUUAAAACGUUUUUUAUCAUAAAAUUAGUAUUAAAGGUUUGCUCAUCAUUGCACAUUUGCAUCUCCAGAACAAACUGUUCUGUGAAUUCCUCUCAUUUCCAAGAAGCUUUUGCCAGAAUGAUCACGAUUAACUUGAGAGGCUGCAUUUGAUUUUUCUACUGGUUUAUUGAGCUUUACAAUAUUCAUCAUAUUCAAAAAGAUACAACCUUCACUUUUCUCUUAUGUUGCCAGGGCUGUGUCAGAUUGUCGUCAUGGUGUUCAGAGUGUAGCCUGGCACGAGUCAGACAAAGCUGUGUCGAGUUUUAGCUCAGUAUUUUCCAAAAGAACAUAUUAACCGCUUCCUGAAACUCUUUAAAGCAGAAACGUAUUGCCUGAGAUGCUGUUCCUAUUGUGUUGUAAAUACCAGUGUGAAUAUUUGCACCUAACCAAACAAGAGUGGAGCGAUGAUGCGUUCAAGUCACAUGUAAUUGCAUUUUCUAAGGAGUGGGGGAAAAGUAGGCUGAACAAGAAAGUAAAAGAGUUGAAGAUAUGUUUUUAAAAGGCAUCCUCCUGGCAUUUAAACAUUUUUGUCACUUGUGCAAGGAACCUUGAAAUGUUUCCUCAGGCUUAUCAAGCAAAUAUUUCAAAGGUGAUUUCACCUCAAAAGUAGACGACUGGACCAUAAAUUAUCAUGCAUCAUUUAAAAUGUAAAUUUGAAAAAUAAUUUUUAAGUUUUGAAUUCGAACAAAGUUUCUCAUAGAGCUCAAAAUUGUUGCCUAAGACUGAGCUGAAAAGAUCAGCAACAUAAUUGCUCUACUGUUUAAAACAUUACAGUUUGAUUACAGAAAAAAACCCAAUGUUGUUUUGUUUGGCCUGACAGUUCAUUUGCAGCCUGAUCUAGUUAUGACUCUGUGCUUUAUAUAUUUGUGCAGUGUUUUCGCAUUAUCUUAUAUGGUAUGUAUUUUUACUCUGACUGACUCUGAAUAUUGUGAUAUUCGCUUGGCCAAAUGCCAGUAAAUGCAUCAGAAGAAUAUCACCUAUACAGCAACAUUAACAUACACAUAACCACCCCCAAGCAACACAUAUCAAUCUGACUUUGAUUUGUCCUCUAGAGCUUUACCAGCCCUCCCCAGCUACGCUAGACUAUUGACUGCACCUGAACACAGCUAGCUCUGCUGUUGGCUGCUUUCUGAACUCCUUUGAAGAUCACAACUAUUGAAGAUUCAACCGUGGAUCACAGGAUGAGGCCUAUUGAUUCAGCAGGCCUAGAUUUGCAGCCAUACGCAGUUACCAGAAUGUAAAUGAUUUUAGAGGGUCUUUGGUCUCUUGACUGGAGUUACAAGUGACAUUAUAAGUUAUUUAUUAAGAAAACUUGGUGUUCCUGUAUGAUGAAUUGUUUGUUUUUGCUUUUAUAAAUCUUAAUACAGCUAGUAGGUGAUUUGAGGGAGGAUGCCAUUCCCCUUGUUAACAAAAUGUUCAAAAUGCACCCCCUUUUAACCCGCCAUGCCUCUCUAUCCCCCAGGUCUGGACCCAGACGCUGCCCUAUCCUAACCCAGACCUAUAACUGUCGCCACUGUUUAAAAAAACUAAAGCAUUUAUUAUUUAACCAGUUUUGUGCUUUCCCACAAACCUGUAGUGUCCACCUGUUCUGACCUAACAAGGCAGGAAGUGCAGAUAUCAGCCAGUAAUUCUGUUCCUUGGGGGCAAACAAGCUCACAUAUUAAUAUCCAAAAGGCAUUAGACACUUCUUUUCCCCUAUGAUACACGUAGUAUCACCUUAUUGCUACUUUGCCUCAGGUUAUGAAUCACAGCAGCUCAAAUGGUUCGUUACCCUGGACUCUCGACAUUUUUAUGAGAUGCAUUUUACAGCAAUAGGUGAUUGAUCACAGAAGAUACAAAAUGUUAUUCCUUUAUCUAAUAAGGUUUUUUUAAAAUGAUUUUUGUUCGCUUUUGUUACCAAAUAAGUGAUUGAAAAAUGCCAAAAUUAGUGUUUUCUCAGUUCAGGCAUUAAUACAAUGAGUCAUGCAGAUGUUUCAUGCUCCUCCUGGGUUACAAAAUGUAUUAGAUGUCUUAUGGUGAAACAUGUUAAACAGUGAUGCAUGGGUAUUUAAUGCCUCACCAGAUUUGCUCCAAACAAAUACUCUUAAGACCUUUUUUGAAAGUAUUUUUCAUCAAUUAAUAUCAUUGUAUGCUUGUGUACAAGAGCUAGCUGAGCCCAAUUGUGCAGCCAUUUUGGUGUCAACGCUUUAAAAAGCUUCACAAAAAAAGAAAGAAAAAAAAAAACUACAUUCAUGUUUUAAUGGGAAACCAUUCGUGC